AUGGUGCCAGCCAGACUGGGAAUAUUUCCACCUGCGCCCGACUGGGAGCAACAGCCGCUCGAAUCGCCGCAACCCCCGCCACUUCUGUCGGACGUCGCGCCGCCUCCUUCCGCAGCGACUGAGGCGACACCUGCGACUGCGACAGAUGACGACGACGACGACGACGACAGCAUGUUACCACCCGGGUUUCGCUUCCACCCGACGGACGAGGAGCUUCUAUGUUACUACCUUCGGCGACGCGUGGACAACCGUCGCAUAAGCUUCAAUGUGAUGGGCGACAUCGACUUGUACAAAUUCGAACCUUGGGAUCUCCCCUCGCGCGCUUCGAGCCCCCUAAUGGGAAACGACGAGUGGUUCUUUUUCACGCCGCGCGACCGGAAAUAUCCGUCCGGACUGCGGUCGAAUCGCGCCACGCCUGCGGGUUAUUGGAAGGCGACUGGGAAAGACCGGCCCGUGUUCGCCGCGAAUCGUGGAGGAGGAGGAGGGGGCUCCAGCAAUGGCGGUGGAGGUGGAGGAGGAGGUUCGGGCGCGACGACGGUGAUUGGCUUCAAAAAGACGCUCGUGUUUUACCGCGGGCGUGCGCCAGCCGGCGAGAAGACGGACUGGGUGAUGCAGGAGUACCGCCUACCCGACAGCUCCGACGACAUCGCCAGCCUAAUGCUGCCGGCUAGCAGUUCCGCCGGCACCGCUGACGUCACCAUCGCCGCGCCGCCGUCCCCGUCCGCGUCGGGCUGGCAGAGCGCAAGCGGCCCGUCGGGAAUGACUCUGUCGCAGUGGGUGGUCGUGCGCGUGUACACGCGCGGGGCGCUUCCGCAGCAGGCGCAGCCUGGGCAGCGCAGCGGAAGCAGCGGGGGGCGCCUUACAGCUCCUGGGGGAUUGGGUCACGCGCUCCAAGCGCAUGCGGAAAAAGCGGCGGGAAAAGCGGAGAAAGUGGGAAAAGCGGAGCUAGAGGAAGAGUCAGAGCAGCAGCGGAUGAUUUUGGACUCUGGCGGCAGCGGCGGAAGCGGAAGCUUCCCGUUAAGCACUGGGCUAAGCGCGGAGACGGGGAGGAUGGGCUCCGUUCCGCACGAUGGUGAAUUCGUAGGGGAAGUGGCCGGCCCUGCUGCUGCUCCUGCUGCUCAGUCAUUUGCUCCUGCAGAGGCAGGCCGUGGAGAUGUAGUGGCAGUCCGUUUUUCCGCUGGCAAUGGUACUGCUGAGGUAGACCUUGCAGCACCCCAGCUCCCACAUCAGCAGAGCCUGCUACAGCAGCAGCAACAGGGGCAGCAGCAGCAGCAGCAGCAGCAGCAGCAUCAUCUAUCCGCUACUGCUGCAGCAGCGAUUGCAUCAGACCGUUUUUCCAUGCUCUCCUCUCCUCUUUUACCGCCCGAGAUGAUGUCAGAGCUCACCGAGCUGCUUCUACGCUCAGCAGUUGCCCAGCCUAGUGACUCAGGCUCGGGCCCAGCAGGGUCGGAAGCAUGCUCGGUGCAAGUGUGCAGUGAAGGGAAGGAUGGUGGUGCAGGACAAAUCAGUAGGCAGUUUCAGCCACCAUUAUGGUCGACCAAGGCACAGCAGCAGCAGCAGCAGCAGCAGCAGCAGCAGAAGCACCAGCAGGGACAAGGGCAGGAGAAGCAUGGAGGACAAGGAGGGAAGCAGGUUCGGUCUCCCAAGCGAAGUCGAGGGGAGGGGGAGUUUGAGGGGCUGAGAAUGAUGGAAGCAGGUGCUGCUGCUGAUGGGAGUUCCAUGGAGGCAAGCCAUUUGUCAAUGGAGGGUGUGGUGGUUCGGCCCUUGUCCAAGCGAAGGAGCUUUGUUGCGGAGGAGAUUGAGGAUGGUUCGGGUGGUUUGAGUGCAGUGAAGGAGAUUGCGGUGGGAGAGGAGGGAAAUGUUGGGGAGAACUCGCAGCCUGAUAUUCUCAACAUGCUGAAACAGAUCUUGGGCGAUCCUUCUUCGGAGGACAUCCAGGGGUUCCGAGCCUCCCGUCUCGGUAGUACAGACAGGCUCGGCGAUGCGGCUCUGGCAGAGUCCCUGUUGGAGGAGGGUCGGCUCGGACACAGUUGCAGUUCCGACCGGCUUUUAGUUGACGACCGGCUUUUAGUUGAGUGCCGGUUUUGCCGCGAAGAAGAGUACCUAUCCCCAGAAGAUCUCGGGCUUAGAAUCAACACUGGCGGGGCGGGGGCGGGGGCGGGGGCGGAGGGGGGUGCGGGGGCAAGGGGCGAGCGGGGAGCGCCGGAGAGCCUUGACGAAUUUCCGAGAGGGGAGACGGCGGCGGCGGAGGGGGGCGAGAAGGCGCGCGGGGCGGAGGCGCGUGGAGCGGAAGCGCGACGGGCGGAGACGGGGGGGGCGCGGAUGGUGAAGCCGUGCGCGUGCGGGGGCACGAUGGGGCGCGUGCAUCUGCGGUGCCUCCAGCAGUGGAUCGAGCGGCGGCGAAUGGACGGCUGCGAUCACGACGCGCUCACGUGCGAAGUGUGCCGCUCGCCGUACCGCCUCCGCAUUCACGAGAGGCUAGACCUAACUUGGGAGCGCCUGUGUUCGUAUGCGUCCAUCUCCUUUUACGCCGAAUUCUGCACCAUCUGUGCCACCCUCGCCUCCAUGGUCUUCCUCUUCUUCCUCAUUGUCAUCGGCGACAGUGACGAGGAGGGUAGGGAGCUGAGUCUAUUCGCAGCAGUGGUGGUGGCAGCAUGUGUGAUCACCCUUGGCAUUCUCACUCUCUUCAAGGUCACCUCAAGGUGGCGUCAAGCCAUCUCAGUGCCGCUGCUGUCGCCCAGGGGACCUCUCUCCCCACCCAUACCCUCGUCGCCCCGCCUCUCAUCAUAA